AUGAAGUCCCUUUCAGUCGUACUGUGGACCCUUGCGGGUUUCGUCGCGGCUCAGGAAGUGUCCCCCACGCCAACAACAUGCACGGUCGACACCAACGCAACCUACCCGAAAUCACCCAAGCUCCCUGACCCAUUCCUCUUAGCGGACGGGAAACGCCUCGCUACCAAAGAUGAAUGGGCCUGUAAGCGAGCCGAAAUCCGAGAUCAGAUCCAGCGUUACGAGCUUGGCCCAAAGCCGCCGAAACCCACUGUCUCGGCCACGGCCUCUAGCGGAAAAAUCACGAUCGUCAGUUCCGAGGGCGGAAAAUCCAUGUCAUUUGCCGUAUCGAUUAAACUUCCUAGCGGGACCGGCCCCUUCCCGGCCGUAAUCGCGUACGAAGGAACAUCGAUCCCGGUCCCCGCCGGCGUCGCAACUAUAACAUACCCGAACCACGAAGUCGCGGCCGACGACCCGCGGGGCAAGGGGAAGUUCUACGACUUGUACGGCUCUACGCACACAGCCGGCGGGUUGAUAGCCUGGGCAUGGGGCGUAAGCCGGGUCAUCGACGCUUUGGAACAGCUCGGACCCGAGUCCACAAAAAUCGACGUCAAGCGCCUCGCCGUAACUGGCUGUUCCCGUAACGGCAAAGGAGCCCUGAUCGCUAGCGCUUUCGACGACCGGAUCGCGCUCGCAAUUCCGCAAGAAGGCGGGAGCGGCGGACCUGGGUGCUGGCGCAUAGUAGCGGAUAUCAAGAAGAACGGGACGAAGACGGAAGACGCCACACAGAUCGUCAACGGGGAUUCGUGGUUCGCGACUGCGUUUUCGACGUAUGCCCCUGACACUACGGUGUUGCCAUAUGACCAUCAUAUGCUGAUGGCCCUUGUGGCACCGAGGGGGUUGUUGGUCAUUGAGAACUCGGGGAUUGAUUACCUCGGCCCCAUUAGCACGUAUGGCUGUUCGGUGGGCGCACACAUGGUGUACGAGAGCCUGGGGGUGAAAGAUAACUUCGGGGUGUCGCAGGCUUCGCAUGGGAAUUCGCACUGUUCAAUGCCCAGCUCACAGAAUCCGGAGGUCGCGGCUUUCUUCAACAAGUUCCUCCUCGGCCAGGCUGAUGUGGCUACUGAAGUGAUUAAGACGGAUGGAAAGUUCACUUGGUUUGCCGGUCAGUGGAUUGACUGGGCUGUUCAGACGCUGUCGUAG